AGGAGAGUCUGGAGUCGUGUUGCGCGAACUCCCCCCGUGAACUGCUCGCACCUUUCGGCGGAGGGGGCGCGCUCCGCGAGCUCAGGAGCGGCGGCCAUGAUUGCUGCCCCUCUCCGCUCUCGGCCGGGCUCUCAGGAGCGCUCAGGAGGCGCGGACGCCGGAGCACCGCCGGCUGCAUGUCUCUCCAGAGCACCGCGCCGGAUCGUCUUUAUCGCACACUGAAUGCAGAUUAACAGGUAUGCCAAAAGAAAAAUAUGAUCCCCCAGAUCCUCGCAGGUUAUAUACAAUUAUGUCCGCAGAGGAGGCAGCCAGUGGGAAGAAGUCACACUGGUCAGAGUUGGAGAUCUCUGGACGGGUCAGAUGCCUGAGCAGUUCACUGUGGACGCUGACACACUUGACAGCAUUACACCUUAACGACAACAAUUUGAGCCGCAUCCCGCCUGAAAUCGCCAAGCUCCAAAACCUGGUGUAUCUGAACUUGUCCUCCAACAAGCUGCGCAGCCUCCCAGCAGAACUUGGAAACAUGGUGUCUCUCAGGGAAUUACUUUUAAAUAACAAUCUUUUGCGGGUUCUGCCUUAUGAACUUGGACGGCUGUUUCGACUACAAACAUUGGGAUUGAAAGGAAAUCCACUGUCACAAGAUAUCCUCAACCUUUACCAGGAACCAGAUGGAACCAGAAAGUUGCUAAAUUAUAUGCUUGACAAUCUCGCAGUGCAUCCAGAACAGCUUCCCCAAAGACCAUGGAUCACUCUGAAAGAACGAGACCAAAUGAUCCCGACAGCUAUGUUCACCAUCAUGUGUUACAAUGUGCUGUGUGACAAGUAUGCCACAAGGCAGCUGUACGGCUAUUGUCCAUCGUGGGCACUGAACUGGGAGUACAGGAAAAAGGGAAUCAUGGAGGAGAUCACCAACUGUGAUGCAGAUAUCAUCAGCCUUCAGGAAGUGGAAACUGAGCAAUAUUAUACCCUCUUUCUGGAAACCCUGAAGGAGCGUGGCUACGAUGGCUACUUCUGUCCAAAGUCUCGUGCCAAACUGGUGUCUGAGCCAGAGAGGAAACACGUGGAUGGUUGUGCAAUAUUCUUCAAAACAGACAAAUUCACGCUUGUGCAAAAGCAUACUGUGGAGUUCAAUCAGGUGGCCAUGGCAAACUCAGAAGGGUCGGAGGUCAUGCUGAAUCGAGUAAUGACAAAAGACAACAUCGGCGUAGCUGUAUUGUUAGAGGUCAAUAAAGAGCUCUUUGCUGGCGGGGCAAAGCCCUUGCAAGAGAAACAGCUCCUCCUGGUGGCCAAUGCCCACAUGCACUGGGACCCAGAGUUCUCUGAUGUGAAGCUCAUCCAGACCAUGAUGUUCAUCUCAGAACUGAAGAGCAUUGUGGAGAAGGCCUCUGAGUCUGAGGCAUCCAGCUCAGCAUCUCUGGACUCCACCUCCAUCCCCAUUGUCUUGUGUGCAGAUCUCAACUCAUUGCCAGACUCGGGAGUGGUUGAGUAUUUGAGCAAUGGUGGUGUAGCGGAAAAUCACAAGGACUUCAGAGAACUCCGCUAUAGUGAAUGUCUGACAAACUUCAGCUGCACCAGUAAAAAUGGGAACACAGAAGGCAGCAUCACACAUGGCUUCCAGCUGAAGAGCGCUUAUGAGAGCGAUCUGAUGCCUUACACCAAUUAUACUUACGACUUCAAGGGCGUGAUUGACUACAUUUUCUACUCCAAGACCCACAUGAGUGUCCUGGGUGUUUUGGGGCCGUUGGAUGCGCAGUGGCUGAUGGACAACAACAUCACAGGCUGUCCACACCCACACAUCCCCUCUGACCACUUCUCUCUGCUGGCCCAGCUGGAGCUGCGCCCACCUGCAGCUUUACUCAAUGGCCUGCACCUGUCCGUCCAGAGGUAGUACGGCACCCACCCCCGUCCCCAUCCUGCAGCUGUGGACACUCGGAGCCUCCACCACCCACCUCCAUCCUAGCGGCAAGGAGUGAAGUAUGGCCGCCACACUGAUCAGUACCUCUGCCAAGGUGCUCCUUUUUAAUGUUUGCACAUGGAUUUUACUCAUUUUGUCUCAAAGCUUGACACCAAAUUAGGGUUGGGAUACUUUUGUUUUUUUAUCUUAAGAUGUGCAGUUGGAACUACCCCUAUUUUAUCCUGAACUGACUGGUCUAUAAAUGUGAGCACUGUAAGUUCAUAUUAAUCAUGUCCUCUGACCAUGCAUCCUGCCUAGAGUCUCCAGUAGGUAUGGAAAUUGUUUAUAUCUCUUUUCAGAGUAAAAAAGCUUAUAGUUGAUUUAAAAAAAAAAAAAAAAAAAACCUGUGAUUUAUCUGUAAUGUCACAAAUUUCAAGAAAAAAAAUAGUGCCCGGUAAGAUUUAAAAUAGGAUCCCAGCCCUAUUCAGUAAAACUAAAUAUUUUCUUUGUAAUGUUUCCGUGCUGCUACUUCUACACUAUGCAUUUUUUCUUAAAAAAAUGUAUUAUUUGCUGCAAGCAGUAUGCACAUGAACCAAAAAGAUUUUAUUUUUGUGGUAAAACACAGCACAUGUAUAUUUUAUUUUUCAAAGGUCAAACUGCUAUGUUUGCUGGAAAUGCAUAAACCUGCCAAUCUGUUCAGGUCCUUGGUGUUAAGAAUCUUCAGGUGAUAAUGUGGACAGCGUAUUUGAAAUCUGAUGAAGCCAGCUGAGCAUACGAGUAUGAAUUUGAGAUUUUUCACCUUGAAAUAGUUAAAGGAAAUUCUGUAAGAUACACAUUCUCUCAUAUCAUAGAGAUUUUGUAAGCAUUAUUCUCUUCUGUUCAGAUUUGCAGUAGUUGAGUCCUUGAGUCAGUAGCACAUGGGUUCUUCUUACCUGAAUGGAAUUACUUCUGAAUAUUGCUUGAGGAUAUUUCAUACAAAUUCUUUUUGAACACCCCCAGUCGCAGUUCAGUAUUCUAAGAAAAUUCUGCAGUUUCUUUUUUCUGAGGCUUAUAGUCCAUCCAGGUUUUAGAGAAACCUUUCAAUAACAUCAUGAGGUUAUUGUGAUGUCAUAUGAAAAUUGGGACAGCUAAUAGUGUAAUGGUUAGAGCUACUGCCUUUGGGCCCAGAAAUCGCAGGUUCAAAUCCCACCUCCACCCACUGUAACCACCAGCAAAGUACUCACUCUCAAUUACUCCAGUAAAAACUAGCCAGAUGUAUAAAUGAGUAAAUAGUCACUUUGAAGAAAAGCGUCAGCUAAAAUGAAUGAAUGUAUCCUCAGUUAUUUCUGGAAAGUUGUUACAACUACAGUAAAUUUAAACAUGGCCUGCACUGCAGUCUCCAGGGACUGUUAGCAGUCAUUGCAUCCCACCUGAAAGGAUGACACACACAAUUAUUGGCAGUUUCUCACUCUGCUGAACAAACCUGAACUGAAUAGUAUCUAAAUUGAUCACUCAAGAAUUUUAUGAAAUGACAGCCAUCUGUCCCCAGAGUGCUCCCUAUGAAGUAAAGAUUUAUGCAUGGGACAUUGUGUCCGGCACUGGUCUCCGUGUUUUUAAAAUGUUAAGUUUGCCUAAUGGAAGGAAAAGAUUGACAGUCUCAAAGGCAGCCACAUCAUUUUUAAUGCAAAUGAACUGCCUUUUUCACAUGCACAUAUUGUAUCAGUUUUACAUGAAGUUUGCCCUGAAACUUGAUGACCCAUUUCAAAGAAUAUUGUUUAAUUUGCUUUAUUCUUAAUGAAUUUUUUCUAUAAGAUAUAAACUUUGCUUGUUUGCACUGGAGGGUGGUUCGUCUGAUGCGCACGCCCUCGAAGUCAGUAGCAGUCAUGGAGCACCGCAGUAAAAAGUGUGAGGCCCAUACUUCACUCCUAGUGCUUUCUGGCAUCACCUAGCACAGUGUGGAGCUUGGACUGUAUCGCGGUGGCCGCAUUUGACCAACAGAGAAGCUCGCAACUGCCUUCAUCAUACCGGAACAUCGUCAAGAGCAGUCUGCUGUAGGUAGUUCUUGCUGCUCUGGAUUUACGCCGUGAUGUCUCCGGGUGUGUGUUUGGAUUCUCCUGCUGCAUCCUGUAGGUCUUCUUGAUCUGAAGGGGAAAAAAAUGCAGUAGAAGUCAUUUACAGGAUGUCCUAUGCGCAGAAUAAAUGGCAGCCCACAGUAAUACCCUAACUGUUUUUAACAGCUUUACUUGUUACGGUUCCCUUUUUGUUAAGGUGAGACAUUUUUACAUGAAUAUGUGGGAACUGCAAGACAAUAUCACAAUAGCAUUGUGACUUUUCUUCUAUAUUAAGAAAAGAGUGGAUUUUAAACAUUUCUCUAUGACUGUGAUGAUACCCCUGAGUGUUAGAGGCUACAUACUACUCCCAAAUUCUGUGUACCUUCACUUUCGAUGUAACUACACUAAAACUAACUACACAUUUAAUUUGAGCUGGUGAACCUGUUUACAGUGUAUUUUAAGGCAUUUCUUGCCAUAUGGCUUUGUUUUAUCAACUGUUAAAAUACAGCAUAAACAGGUGGAUCAUCAGCUACACAUACAGUAGAUACAAUAUAUUUAUAUGUGUUUUAGAGCACAUUCUGCCAUUUUUUAUGACUGUGCCUAGAUUUUACUCUCACGUAGAAGUGCUGCCUGCUACUCACAGAGUGUGUGAGCCGUUUCUUUGACCCCCCCUCCACUGCCACAGCUAUUUGGGGAAAUUGUGUGUGCAGCAUAAUUUUUGGGGCCUCAUUUCCUGGGUUUUUAGAAAAGCAGAGAUUAUCGCAGCAAUUUUUUUUUUUUUUUUUUUUUUUGGUAUAUGUGUUGUGUAGCACUGGCAUACUUGAAGCCAGCUUAUCCACUUUUUUUGCAUAUUUCAUCUGUUUAGUCUGUGACUUGCAAUAUUUGGCAAGGUGUCACUUUGAGUCAGUAUUUUUACAAUCUUAUUUCCCCACAGUUAUUUCUAAUACGGGGGUGCGGUGGCGCAGUGGGUUGGACCGCAGUCCCGCUCUCCGGUGG